AUGAUUGGUACGGACUCAGGUCCGGAAGAACCUGUCCUCGACGGCGUUCUCAAGCGUUCCGAUGGCUCCUUGCGUCGGCCUCGUGGGCAUUGGGACUUCAUAUUCUCUUUCUCCAUGACCAUGUCUCGGUAUUCCGAUGAUAUCGACAAGGAAGACAAUCGAGCAGCAAGUACAGAAGUAGAACUAUCGAUCGCAUCUCCUAGCCCCUUGAGCGACCACGCCCUCGCGACCACGACCACGACCAUGCCGGACAUGUCAUGGAUGUCGCCCAAGCGCCGGCGUACGACAGGCAACCUGAAGACUCUUCCAAACGGACAGUACACCCAGUCGGAGGGUGAUGGCUCAGCGCCGUCGACGCCAACGAGAUCCGGCAGUUCAAAGUCAGACCGACCGUCGCCGAAACAGAGACCUCUGUCGCAAGGCUCCUAUCCAACGAAUAUGAGUCAAGGUCCCGAUGGCAACUUGUUCUACGCAUAUGCGCGAAAGGGCGACGAGGUGCGCUCCCGCUAUCUCCUCACCUUCGCCUCUGCCUCCGUCGCCAACGAAUGGUGGCUGCUCAUACAAGCGCAUUUCCCCGAUUGUAUACGACCUGGUCCGCAAUUGUUCUCCUUCAAGACCGACGACCUCCUUGAGAAAGCCUGGCGACAUCCAGCAUUCGAGCAUUUAAAGACGAAAUGGAUGUACAUCUCCUUCGGCGAAGCACAAUCGAACGGCCUGGGUGGUGCGGCGCAAGGAAUCAUACCAGUUCAAGAUGCGCAUGGGAAUAUGAUGGGCGGCUCUGCAUCUACAGUCGCAAGCCCUGAGCUUGGCCAGGCCAGAAAAGAGGUCAAGGAUAUGCGCAAUGAUGUGACAAGGCUCGAAGAGCAUUUCGAGAAGAUGAUGGAAGCCAUGGAGAAGAAUACUGAAGGAGUGAAAGAACUAGCCGAGAAGCAAGACCAAGAGCCUGGACAGGGGAGCAACAACAGCGGAAACGGAUACUUCGACAUGAGUGAGCUGUCAGGUCAUUUUGGUCGUAUGACGGAUCUCCUGACGAGGAACAUGGAACACAUGGAAAACAUGUCGAAGAGGCAGUUCGAAAAUGAACAAAAGCUCAGCAAGGCGCUGGAAGAUGUGAAUUCGAAGCAAAGGGCAGACUACCUGGACAUGUCACAGCUAUCAUCGCAUUUGGAUCGCAUACAAAACAUGAUGGAGCAAUCCGUGACUGAACGAAAGGACAGUGCCCGGACGUCGGAGGAGAAGACGCCUACGAUUGACUUUUCGCCAUUGACCGAUAGGCUCCAGAAGAUGCAAGAGGCCGUGGAGGCAAACUCAGCGUUGAUCAAGAAUCUGUUGGAGGAAGGUUCACUACCAGAAUCAGACGCCCCAAGGACUCCUUUCUGGGCAUCAGGCUCCAACCAGCAACAAGUCGAUCUCGCGCCGUUGACUGAACACCUGCAGAAGAUUCACGGCGCAAUCGAGCAGCAGAGCUCACAUAUGCAAGCUCUGGUGGGCUUUGCGAGCGGCGAAGGCGAAGGAGGCAAUUCUCCAAUACCUGGUGGAGCGGAUCAGCAACCACACGCCAACCUUGCUCCUCUCGGCGAACACCUGGAGCAGAUUUACAACGCCAUCGAGGAAGGCAACAAGCACGCCAAGGAGAUUGCCGACAGAGACAAGCUGCAUUCUGUGGUGGACUCCAGCUCGUUCGUCAGACAGCUUGAGGCCGUACAGACAAGCACGAAGAGUAGCAACAAGAUCUUGGAGCAAAUCCUCGACGCACAGACUGAAGCGAAGCAGGCCUUGCAAGCGCAUAGCGGACGGGGAGUAGAUCUUUCACCGUUGACAAAACACCUCGAAGGGCUUGAUGCAAGUGCAAAAGAUAAUGCGCAGUGGCUGCAACAGCUCCUCGAUGCGCAGGGCGCUUUACGAAAAGCGGUAACGCAAAGCAAGCCUGCCAUCAACUUCCAGCCGCUUACGGGCCAUCUUGAAACGCAUUCGAAACAUCUUAAGGACAUCGCAGAUACUCAGCUCGCUAUGAAAGAUUCGGUCAACAAACAGAUGUCGCCAACGAUCGAUCUAUCGCCAUUGCAGGACCAGCUUACGCAGCUUAUUGAGGGCCAGAACGGUACACGCGAGGCUAUUGAGCAGACCAAUGGUGAGCUUGACUUCACACCAUUGGCCGAUCACAUGGAAGCAGUGAGAGAGGCCAUCGAGGGGCAGCACCAUCCUCUCCUAGAGCACCUGCAGGCAAUCCACUCGGCCACGGAUCGAAACGCUGAGCUUUUUACGACGGUCAUAAAUGCUCAACUUAAGGACAUCGACUUUUCUUCUCUUACACAACGGCUAGAUGAUAUUCGGGUAGCCAUUCAGGAGAACAGCGCAGACGUUCCUCGGGCUAUCGACUUCGGACCUCUGGCGGACCACCUGGAAGCGAUACGAGAAGCCACUGACUCGAACGCGAAGCAGGUCAAGGCUGCGAUCGAGGAACAGAGGCAGCGAGACCCGCCUUCAGGCCAAGCCUCGAUCGACUUCACACCUCUCACCGAGCGAUUGAAUCGCAUACACCGGAGCUUGGAGAAAGUGAACAACACGACUCGUGAGGCCAGUCCGGGCUCGGGUGACCCCAAGUUCAUUCUCUCAGCUCUGACCUCGCAUCUCAGCAAGAUUCAAUCUGUAACUGAGCAGAACGCCAACGCCGUGAAGUCCAUCACGAAUCGUUCGAAAGCGACAGAAGACAAGGUCAAGAUCGAUACCGCAGGCUUCGAUAAGAGGUUGGAAGCUACAUCAAGCCAGGUUCGAGAGCUGAUGGCUGGUCAUAGAGAGAUGACCAAGGUGAUGCGAGAGCUGGCUGAGGCCAUCACCGCGCAGAACAAGGGAAGCUGUGAUCACGUUGUUAUUCCGCCGCCGAGGAAAGUAGGGAGGAAGAUCGUUGGUUUCGUGUAUGAUGCGAAAGAUGGGCCUAUUUGA